GACCCCAAACUCAGUUGGACAGAUGAUUUGCCUGUUUGUCAUUUAUCAGGUGUAGGACUUUCUACCAAUCAGAUCUACAGAGAGGAUGGGAAUAGAAGGGAGGCUCAUGACUUUGAAGAUCGAAACUUUCAUUUCAGGCAAGAUGGCUGCUUCCUGUAUGGGGUUUUUGAUGGUCACAAUGGCUCUAGAGUUGCUGACUUUGCUGCUCAAAGGAUGCCAGCAGAGCUCUUGUUUGGACAGUUGCAGUCAAAUUAUUCAGAUGAAGAGGUGAAGGAGGCAUUGAGACAGGCAUUUAUAGUCGUUGAGAAGGGCUACUUUGAAGACAUGGACAACACACUGGCAAAGAGGUCUCAGUAUCAAGACCAGUUACCAGAAGGCAUCAGUGACUAUGAAGCCUACAACAAAUACCCAGGACUCAUGAAAGGCCUGGAAGAUCUGGACAAAGAAAUCUCAGGAGGAACAACUGCUACAGUGGUCCUCAUAUACAACAACAAGCUGUACGUGGCCAAUGUUGGCGAUACUAGGGCCAUUCUAUGCAAAACUGGACCAGAUGGAGUCCUGCGGGUCAUUCAGCUGUCAUAUGACCACACCAUUUCUGACCCAGGAGAGCAGGCCAGACUACAACAGUUGGGCCUUGAUAUCAAUACACUGAAAGUAUUAAGGAAAGUGGGGAACUCAGAUUGUACCCGCUGCAUUGGGGAUUACCACAUGAAGGGAGGCUAUAAGGACAAUUUUAUUCUGAGUGCAGCCAAAGUUGAACCAGUCAUCGCCGACCCAUUCGUGGAUGGGGGACUGCCGAUAGACAGCUCCUGUGCUUUCAUGGUUUUAAUGUCUGACGGCUUGUACCAGGCUUUGGCCGAUGCCACAGGUACAGAUACAGUGAACGGAGACAUUGCUAAGAUGGUCGCCCAAGAGUUCUCCCAGCAGACGACACUGACCGGCGUCGCUCAAGCUGUGGUAGACAGGGUGGUGCGUAUCCACCACGAUACAUUCAUGACCGGCAACGAAACUCAGAAGGCUCUGUGCCAGAAACGGGAUGAUAUAACCCUGCUGGUAAGAAACUUCAACUACCCGCUGUCAGUCCACAGCCCCAGUUCAGUCCGCAGUAUUUCAUCGCCAGCACACACCCCGUCCUACAGUGUGGCCCAUGGAGCUUCCGGCUUCCCCCAUGGGGCUUCUUACAACAGUCCAGAGUCCACCAGACAGCGCACCACGGACAGCUCAAGCGCGGAUUCCCCGACCACGCCGACUAACUACUUCCUGUCAGGGCCGAAUCUGCUGGGCGCCACAGACACGAAUAGCACGGAUACACGUACAAAUGGUAGCAGCACAUACAGCACCAACUCCAGCGGGGAGAUGCAGUUGUUUUCUCACACUCAGUCACAGAAUGACAAACUGGAGCUGGAUGCUGAAGGGAAGGUUAAGGCCUAUGUGAAUUUUUCUGAAUGGUACGCUGCAAUGGAAAGUUUCACUGAAGACAUGAAAGAAAAUCUUUACAAGGAGCUGAUGCCCAAGUCAGUAUAUGAUCCCAUUCAAGAAGAACCUUUGUCCGAACAUUAA